AUGAGCGAGCCCACCGACCUCGUCCUUCCAAAAAGCUUACCAUACCCCAUCAAAGUCACCAAGAUUCUGGUUGCGGCUGGAGAUAACAUUCAAAGAGGAACACCUCUACUCUACUACUCGUACAAGCACUAUUUGCGCGAAGACAAGACGACAGAGACAUGCUAUGGCACUUGGGAGUCUUAUGUUGAAGGCCGGGUCGACCUAUGGAACAUUGACCUUGGAGACGAAGUUGACAAAGACUAUGGUCCUGUCCUCGUCGUCACAGAGCCAUGCAAGCACGGCACCCAAAUUAUGGGCAUGUGCGCCGACUGCGGUAAGGACAUGACCGAAGUCGAUUAUAUGUCCAUCGCUGGAACAGAGAGGGCUAAAAUCAAGAUGGACCACGGCGCCGAGGGCCCAUUAUUAUCGCAGGAAGUCGCCGCAAAGAUCGAAAGAGAGAACACGGACCGCCUUCUUAAAAACAGAAAGCUGUCUCUCAUUGUCGACUUGGAUCAGACCAUUCUUCACGCGACAUUUGACCCUACCGUGGGCGAGUGGAUCAAGGCCAAAGACGCCUUCGAGAAGCGCCGCAGCACCACACCACCAGACCAUGAUCCGCCUCCAGAGAGUGUUAACUGGCCGGCGUUAGAGGACGUCAUCAGCUUUCAGCUACCUAGCGACCACGGUCAUAUGGGCCACUCUGAACGAUAUUAUGUCAAGCCUCGGCCAGGUCUUCAGCGUUUCAUGAACAACCUCAGCGAGCUCUAUGAGAUGCACGUAUACACAAUGGGUGUGCGCUCCUAUGCGAAUGCGAUUUGUGCCGCGCUCGAUCCUUCUGGUGCAUGGUUUGGGUCUCGUGUGUUGUCACGAAACGAAAGUGGAAGUGACAGGGUCAAAAACCUCAAGCGCUUAUUCCCGUCCGAUCAAUCUAUGGUCGUCGUCAUUGACGAUAGGGCGGAUGUAUGGAAUUGGAGUCCCAAUCUCGUGCGAGUAAUUCCAUUUGAAUUUUUCGUGGGGACUGGCGACAUCAAUGCGUCCUUCCUGCCAAAGCAAGCAUCCGCUGAUGCCGUGCCUCCCGCAGACCCGAAGACUGGAGAACUCCCUCAAGAAGAUGUUGACCCUGAGAGCGAGGUGGCCAAGCAGGAAGAGAUCCAAGCCGAGGAUGCCGCUAAGCAAUUGAAGGAGAGGCCAUUGGAAAAGGCUCAAGAGGCCCUUGUCGCCAAAGUCUCUUCCCCGAGUGGGGGCGAUGAGAAGGAACACGAACCCGCAACCUCGGCACCUAUUCCUUUACUGAAAAACGAUGACCACGAACUUGAUCGGAUUGAGCGGAUACUCUGUGACAUUCACAAGGAGUUCUACAAACUGUACGACACCCGGCAAAAGUCACGGAAUCAAUCAGCCCCCGACGUACUAGGUGUCAUACCUGGAAUCAAGGCAAAAACACUUGCUGGUGUUCACCUUGUGUUCUCGGGUAUAUUACCCUUGGAUGGACGCCCAGAAAGGCAACCCAUCUGGAAAGCUGCUUUGGAGUUUGGUGCGACAUGUCACGUCGAUAUCAAUCCUCAAGUCACACAUCUCGUUACCAACAAGCUCGGCACAGUCAAAGCAGACAAGGCGUUUGCUCAGGGCAACAUAUUUGUUGUCAACAUUAAAUGGUUCAACGACUCGUUGAUAAAAUGGGAAAGGCAGCCAGAGGCAAACUACUUGAUGGAACGCAAACCCAAGAAUUCAUCUCAGGAUCCCGAAACCAAAACCUCUGAACCACCUCCGAAUGGGGGAGAGACGAAGGUGGGUCGAGAAGACGAUGCUGCUGGACAUGGCCCCAAUACACAAUCCAGUGCCCCCGGCAAUGAGAAUGAGGAAUCGUCUCCUCCCACCCCGGCGGCGGAACCCGAGCAGAAUGAAGACGUUCAGUUACACAUUGAUUGGGCCGAAAUAGAUAAAGAGGUGGAUGAUGCCUUGGCCAGCGACGACGACGAUGACGAUGGAGACGAGGAUUUGGCAGAUGAAGAUGAACCAAAGUCGGUUGCUGCCGAAGCAGCCCCCGAAUCUCGGUACAUGGGGGGUAUCACACCAACCACGCGUGGAAUAAAGCGGCCACGAAGUGACGAUUCGACUCCAUCGACUCCCUCAAGGCUCAGAUUCUCGUUCAACGCGGCAGAUCUAGCGCGAGGCUUGUCUCCCAAGCGCCAAAAGCUGGAUCACGAACCAUUGUCCAAUGGUCCUAGCAAGCCUAGUACUCAAGACCUUCCUGAAUCACAAGCCGCAGACACUACCGACCAGACGGGUGAGGAUACCGGCGACGACGAUGAGAACGACGAAGACGAUGAUGACGAUUUCCUGGCCCGUGAAAUGGCCGAAAGCGAUUAG